CCGGAAUUAUCUCUGAAUCACUCAUAAACCCUUUCUUCUUCUUCUUCAAAUCCACUCACUCUAGGAGAGAGACGACUCAAACGCACAGUCUCUCCUGAUCUGUAUUGUAUUUACUCCUAUAUCGCUAUGGAUCUCAGCAAGGUUACUCUUGACAUCUUCACAAAGCUUGAACAGAAAUGGCUCUCUCACUGCGACACCUCCAGGAAGACUCGUAUCCUUAGCAUCGACGGUGGCGCUACCACUGCCAUUGUCGCCGCUGCUUCUAUUCUCCACCUCGAACACCAGAUCCGCCUUCUAACCGGUGACCCUCACGCUCACAUCUCUGAUUUCUUCGACAUUGUCGCCGGAACUGGCAUCGGAGGUAUUCUCGCCGCCCUCCUUGUUGCCGACGACGGCUCCGGCAGGCCGAUGUUCACUGCCAGAGACGCGGUUCAGUUUGUCACGGAGAAGAACUCGGAGCUCUUCGAGAUCAGGUACACCGGCGUUUUCAGGAGGAACAAGAGAUACUCGGGGAAGAGCAUGGAGAGGGUGUUGGAGGCUGCGUUUCGGAGAGAAGACGGGAAGGUGUUGACGAUGAAGGACACGUGUAAGCCUCUCCUUGUUCCUUGCUACGACCUCAAAACCUCUGCUCCUUUCGUUUUCUCACGCGCCGGCGCGUCUGAGUCUCCGAGCUUCGACUUCGAGCUGUGGAAAGUCUGCCGUGCCACGUCGGCAACACCUAGCCUCUUCAAGCCGUUCAAUGUGGUGUCGGUGGACGGUAAAACCUCAUGCUCAGCCGUAGACGGCGGUUUGGUGAUGAACAAUCCAACAGCAGCUGCCGUGACGCACGUGCUACACAACAAACGAGAUUUCCCGUCAGUUAACGGCGUGGAUGACUUGCUUGUACUGUCGUUAGGAAACGGUUCAUCGACCAUGUCAUCUUCAGCAGGGAGGAAACUCCGUCGUAACGGAGACUGUUCAACGUCAUGUGUGGUGGAUAUAGUGCUUGACGGCGUUUCCGAUACCGUUGAUCAGAUGCUGGGGAACGCUUUCUGCUGGAACCGUACCGAUUACGUUAGAAUCCAGGCGAACGGUUUGACGAGCGGCGGAGCGGAGGAGUUGCUGAAAGAGAGAGGUGUGGAAACGGCGCCGUUUGGGGUAAAACGGUUACUAACGGAGAGUAACGGAGCAAGAAUCGAGGGUUUCGUGCAACGUCUUGUUGCUUCAGGAAAGUCAAGUCUACCUCCAAGUCCUUGCAAGGAAUCUGCCGUUAACCCUCUCGCUGACGGCCGUGAGGAAGAGAGUAGGCCUCCGGGUAUUAAAGCAAUGAAGAAAUUGAGGAAGAAGGGUAAAGAGAAGGCUGCACCACCUGCAGAGGAUAACAAAAUCUUGGAGGCCAAGCAGAAGGAUAUGGAGCUAAAGAAACAGCUCCAACAGAUGUCCCUUCUUGACACACUGAUUGCCAAGAAGGAAACACUUGAUGAAGAGGAAAUAGCUCUUAAGAAGAAGCUAAUUGCUGAAGUUUACAAUUCUCUUUAGAUUUCAAGUUUAUUUAUGCACUAUUUCCUGUUUUAAUGAUGUAUGAAUCAAGAUCAAUUUGUGUU